AUGGUACCGUGGCAUUUCAUGCCAAGUAUCAUCGUUGCCUCCUUCUUCGCCAGUCUCAGUGGGACUCUAUUGACAAUUGAACUACUUCAACGCAAACGUUUGGGCAAGUCACUGAUGAGCAGGGUACAUCUUUUUGCCUGCUCAUUAAGCAUGGGACUCAUUGGAAUCUGGUGCAUGCAUUUCAUCGGCAACCGAUCCAUCGCCUUAGCAUCCGGUCAGACUCGACUACAGCUCGUCUACGAUCCUAGAUACACUGGACUAUCGUGUGUUCUGCCUGUCAUCGGUUUGACUGUAGCUUUCCAGAUUGCGGAACUCAGGAUCAACCAUUUUGUCUUGCGACGCUUCCUUGACGUUGCCUGCGGACUUAUGGCUGGACUCUCUAUCGUCUCGAUGCACUAUGUCGGUAACCUCGGGGUGUCAAACUACACAUUAAUCUACCCCAAGCGAUAUGUCGUCGCCGCUUGCAUCAUUGCUGUCGGAGAUUCCACUAUUGCUCUUGCCCUGUUCUUCUAUUUCAAAGAAAGAUGGAUCAGUGUUUGUUGGAAGCGUUGUAUCUGUGCACUUCUGCUUGCAGUUGGGGUUUGCGGUAUGCACUUCACAGCUUCCGUGGGCUGCCAAUAUCAGCUUAGACGCAUUCCACCAGAAGUUGCACCGGACGCGAGAAACACGCCUGUGAUUGUGGCGGCUACCUUGUGCUUCGUAGCAUCCUUGUCUUGCCUCACUAUACUCUUCUACGUUCGAUAUCGCAAUGCAGCUCUCGCUAAUCGAGCCCAGCAUAUGAUGCUAGCAUGUGCCUAUUUCGAUGAACAUGGCAACAUCAUGGUCACGAACGAAGGAACUCUGCCUUCACAAAGGAUUGCCAAACGCUUUGUGCUCCAAAAAUUUGACGACCAUUUUGGCAUACACCAUCCCGUCUGGUUCUGGAUUUGGAAAGUAAGCAGUGAUUGGAACAGUGUUGUAGAUCUGAUUUCCAAGAUGCGAGUUCACCUCCAGAGGACGAAUCCUCAUAGCAAAUACAACACAGCGACAUCAAGUAGAAGUAGUAUCUACGAUGAGGAGAGCUACCACGAUUCAACAAUCUUGUUUCGAGAAGGAUACUGCGUGGCCGCGGCAGAUCUUGCCGCACAACUGCAUGUCAAUCUUGUAGACGGGCUAGGUCCUCUCUACGAUCAGGUCUUGGGUACGGGUCUUUUGACAGCAUACCAACAUGGCAUAAGGGCUCUCGAUAACGGCGGUACCCAACAGUCAACGAUCUUCGAGAAAGGCCAGUUACUAUUCUACACUCGCAGAUUGUCGCCUGCCGAGUUGGACCAUUACACGUCGAUUGGGUUCAGAUUCGCCCCACUCAACCGUGUGGAGGGUGCUAUUGCAAACACAAUGCAAAUCCCUGUCGGCCUCCUCGCAAUACAAAUGCAGCGCGUGCAGGACUAUGCCUACAGAACGAGUUUGCCCUCGCCACCAAAACAAGGCACUUUUUUCGUCUGCCUCGCAGCUCUUGCUCGAGUUCGCGAUAGCUUCCGGGUACUUGUACCAAUGGAUAGGCAAGACGAGUUGCCAGACGUU